ACUCAACAGAGAAAAGUUCACACACUGAAAACAAUCUUACAUUAAUAAUAUGUAUUCUUCUGUAAUUUGUAGGUGUUUCAUUGGGCCUCAUAGUCCUGCACAGAGGCCUGACUGCAACAGAGUGGUGGAGGGCAUCUUCAUAAGGCUCUGUGCUCUCUACCAAAACGCGGUGCGUGUUAAUGGAGAGAGGGUCACCCGCUUCACAAUGAUUGCACGGGUCUACAGACAUAUCCGAGAGUGCAUCCUCACCAAUGAUAGGGUGAUGAGAGAAACCACCAUCCAGCUUCCACAGAUGAACGCUUCAACAAUCUCAGACUGGUUCUCCAAGCGUGACAAGUCACAGGAUGUGGGGGUUACAAAGCAGGGUAUCAAUUUCCCAGAUGCACCCAUGGCUGGACCUGAGAAGCUUCCUGCGGCUUUGCAGAAAGGGCCGACCCUAUUUCCAGGGAGCUUGGCUGAGCCUCACCUUUUUGUCCUGCCAAGAAACACUGCUGGGGAGGCAAAACUCAAGAGGAGGUCACAACCUCCAGCCAUCUCCCAGGCACCACCAUCACAUCAAAGACUCCCUAUCAUUGCACCAGCAAUACCCGUCUCUCUGCCUUUCAUUUGGCCCUCCCUGCAGCUUCCGACAGUUGUAGAUACAUCAUCUUCAGUGCCUGGAACUUCAGAUUUUUAAAAAUCAGAUUACGACAUAAUGUAGCCCACUUGCUUUGUUUUUUCAGUAUGUCACUAGAGAGAAAGCAUGUAACAGAUAGGGGUGUCCCUCUACCUCUUCUCAGAUCAUCAGCAAAUAUACAAAUACACACAGUUCAGUUCAGUUCUCUCUGUUUUAUGAAAUUUCACUCUUUCGAUUUUAAAUAAAAAAACAUAUUGUUAAAAUGUGUGAAUAAUUAAUUUAAAUAUUGUUGAUUAAAAUGUUUCUGUGGCCGGUUGCAUAAAACUUUAAGACUAGUCUUAAAACUUAGUAAUGAAUUUUUUAAUUCAAGACUGAUCAUAACUGUUUUAAGUAUGUUACAUAGAAAGGUAGAUUGGUCUAAUUUAAAUCCAAAUAAUAAGACUGAUUAGCCCUAACUAAUUGCUUGGUAGUCAGAAUCAUUCUUAAGAUGCAGUCUUAACGUCACGGCUAUGUUUAUGCAACCGGCCACUCUGGUGUUACAUUUGUAAUGUGUUACUUUAACCUGC